GUCAGCCAGUCCUCCUCAGCUGCCUGUCUUAACCUGCAUCAUGAAGCCUGAGGAGAUUUCAAAAGCUGAUGUGGAAGUGAUGCCUGGGAGUUAGCAAGGGAAUGAGUGGAAAGGGGAAGUGUGAGAACGGUCCCAGAAGAGACUGGGGAGCUGGUGGAGAGAGGACCCAGCGGACAGACUGCCAGCCUAAGGCCACCAGCGUCUGAGGAGCCAUGAGCCAAAGCAGGGAUUUGCAGGGAGGAAAAGCUUUUGGACUGCUGAAGGCCCAGCAGGAAGAGAGGCUGGAGGGGAUCAACAAGCAAUUCCUCGAUGAUCCCAAAUACAGCAACGAUGAGGAUCUGCCGUCCAAACUUGAAGCCUUCAAGGUGAAGUACAUGGAGUUUGAUCUGAAUGGAAAUGGAGAUAUCGAUAUUAUGUCCUUGAAGCGAAUGCUGGAGAAACUUGGGGUUCCCAAGACCCACCUAGAGCUGAAGAGAUUAAUUAGAGAGGUGUCCAGUGGCUCCGAGGAGACGUUCAGCUACUCUGACUUUCUCAGAAUGAUGCUGGGCAAGAGAUCUGCCAUCUUGAGAAUGAUUCUGAUGUAUGAGGAGAAAAACAAAGAACACAAGAGGCCAACUGGUCCCCCAGCCAAGAAAGCUAUCUCCGAGCUGCCCUGAUUGGAGGUGGAUGUCACCCGGUGGGGCUGAGUGAGGAGCUUCUGAUGACAGCAGCAUGGAAAAAAGAAACAGUCGUGAGCCAGAGUCAGACUAAAUAAAUGACGCUCCUCGUGGGUCA